AAAUUAGGCUGUACACUGCAGACACUGGAUUUGGAAGGGCAUUUAGCAGUGUUUUGACGUCAGCACAUAAAAAUAUAAAUUUUAAACUGAACAGUGAAAGUAAUUUAAAGAAUGAAAACACACUAGGUCGUUGAUAUGAAAAUGAACAUGUAGUAAACCGUCUCUAAAUUCAGAUGGUCUGACUCCUCUCAUGCUGGUUUUGUUUCGGCUACUUCGGGUCCGCUCGUGUGUUUCCGGUAAUCUCCGCUCCGCUGCGUCUCUUGCCUGUCGACUUGAUGAAAACAAACAGCCGAGCGGCUCUCUCUCCUUUAUCCGGAUUUGUUCACACGAUUCAUUGAUAUUUCCGUUAAUUUUACACAUAAUUUUGCUCAUUUUCUAACGAUUACCGCAAAGGGGGUUUCGUAUUUGCGGUUCCUCUCUGGUUCGUAACGAGCUCGGCUGCGCUCGGAUCCCGUCCUGCUCCGACACUGCUCGUUCUCACUCGGCUCUUGUCGUACGGCGGAAGAAUGGACGAGGCGGACUCGGCCACGAAGGCACUCGGGCUGGAUGAACCGCCCAUCGUCAUGCCGCCGGUGGGAGGCUCGGAUACCGAGUCGGAGGCCGAAGUCACGACGAUGGCCGUGAUGGCCGAACCGGGGAACAUCGACAUGGGAGCCGAGUCCUUGCCGAACCCAGACGAGGCCGAAGCGGCUUUCGCAGAAGUGACGGCUGUGACGGUGGCCGACGUUCAGGGUGCGGAGGACAAUGUUUUCACCACAACUGUUGCCACAUCAGGAAGUCUCCCUGAACACAUGCUGAGUGGGAGGACGACCCUCCAGCUGGGUGAAGGUCUCAGUACCCAGAAGGCCACUUUAAUCGUGGUUCACACUGACGGCAGCAUUGUGGAGGCGGCUGGCCUCAAGUCUGCUGCCACCAUCGCAUCAGGCCCACAGACUCCGACCACCCCGCUGACUCCACCCGAGGACAAAGAACACUGUUCCAAGUACAACUGGGACCCCUCAGUAUACAACAACGAGCUGCCGGUCCGCUGCAGGAACAGUAGCGGAGUCCUCUACAAGAACCGACUGGGAUCAGGAGGGAAAGGUCGUUGCAUCAGACACAACCAGCAGUGGUUCACUCCCACUGAGUUUGAAGGUCUGGCAGGAAGAGCGAGCAGCAAAGACUGGAAGAGGAGCAUCAGAUACGCCGGCAGACCUCUGCUCUGUCUCAUACAGGAGCGCAUUCUAAACCCCCACGCUGCGUCCUGUACCUGUGCAGCCUGCUGUGAUGACCUGACAGGGUGCCCAAAGGAAACAGAUUCUCUGGUAGCAGAAAACAUCAGUAUGACUGGUCCAGUUCGCCUCUUCGUCCCAUACAAGAGACGGAAGAAGGACAACGACCUUCCGGUCACCCCCCCAAAAAAGGAGCUUCCAGCCCCCAAAAAUAUCACGCUGGCCCCGGGGACCACAUGUAUGUCAGUCACGGUGUCUCCGUCAGGACAGUUCACCACCUCCGGUACUUUGACCUUUGACCGGAGUGCGACGGGCGACGCCACCGCCGCUGCUGCUGCUGCCGCCAUCAUAUCAGAGAAUUCAGCACAGAGCGAGGUGUUCACCAGCACAGCAGGAGGGGAUCUCUUUGCAGCCAGUAUGAACUGGAGAAAUGAUGACAGUGAUCAAAAACUUUCAAAUUACACAUCAGCAGUGUUGACGGCGUUGCCGGCAUUAGCGGUAGCUCCUCAGCCGGUUCAGGCCAAGAUGACUGUGGCAGCAGCGGCGUCCCCGUCCGUAGGGCUGGUGAAUGGGCUGGAGGUGAGUCCCAUAGGAGGGACAGGGACGGGGACGGCAGUCAGUGAGGGGCAGAAGAACACCUGGCUGUACCUGGAGGAGAUGGCCAACACGCUGCUGAGCAACGUCCAGCAGCUGAAAGCUCUAAUCGAACAGGCCAAAAACAGUCCUGGGGACAUGGCAGGGGUCAAAGGUCAGGGAGGCAGGAAGGAGUGCAUGCAGUCGUUUCAGAACCAGAUCUCGUUUCAGCAGCCGGACGAUUCGGAAGUCAAGAGGAGCUCUGAAAUCACAGAAAUCAUCAUCAAUCAGAUGUGUGUGAACUGUGGUCGGGUGGCGAUGAGCGAGUGUACCGGCUGUCACAAGGUCAACUACUGCUCCACCUUCUGUCAGAGGAAGGACUGGAAGGAUCAUCAACACACCUGCUGUCAGUCUGCAGGGGGCGUUGCUGUUCAGGAGGAAGAGCCAAUCACAGCCAUGGACAUGGACAAAGUGAAAUGAAGUAGCAGCAAGCCCUCAGUCCGUAUGAAGACGUGAGCAUUGAGGUCAUCAGACAGGAAGUCCUUACGUGGACAAAGAGGAGAUUUUCUUUCUGAACACUUAUGGCACUUAUUAUGAAAGUUUCCCCUCAGACCGACAUGAUCUUCUGUAAGCUGAACCAGCUCCAUUUAAAAAAAAACUGCACUGACUUUAUAUUUGUAGAGAGAAGUUGGACGUUUUUCCUGUUCACUUCAAUACAAAACAGUUUGAUCACAGCUGCGUCUCGAGGACAUUAGAGGAACUGCAGCUCAUCGCACUUGAUCACGCCGAACUGCACAUGAAGGUGAUCUGAACUUAGUACCUCAAUAAUCAUCAAACUUUCAUUCACUUCCAUCCCGGUUCAAUUUUUUUUUUUUUUUAAUAACAUACUUUUUUAUUUUAUCAUUUACCAAAAUUCUGAUUUUUAUUUUUUUGGGCAUUUUCAAGUUUUAUUUGACAGAGACAGCUGAAGAGUGACAGGAAUGUGGGGAGAGCGAGAUGGGGAAUGACAUGCGGCUAAGGGCUACAGGUCAGAUUUUAACCCUGGGCAGCAAGGACUGAGCCUUCGUACAUGGGGCGGUUCUUCCCUCGGAGACUGUUAUCUCUCUUUUGUUUUAUGAAACAUUAUUUUGCUGCCAUCUGAACUCUUUAAAUCUCCAGAGACCGUCCUGAAUAAAUAAAGGUCAAACAUAUCAAUAGAAUAAAAAUAAAUUAACUCCUCCCCACACUGUCUUAAACUUGAAAUAUCUGUUAUUGUGGUUUAUCAUUGAAGGAUUGUCAGAAUCAAAAAAUAGUUUCAGCUGAAACAAUGUUUGUUUUUAUAUUCACAGUAUGUGGAAGUGUAUAUUUGACUCUGUUUUUCUAAGAUAUCUUGUAUACCACCUUAAAAAGUGAUCAACUUUUUUUGUAAUUCAAACUUAGAAGCUCAGCUGCUACAAGCAUUAAAUUAUUUAAUGAAACUGACGUUUAACUUUUCAUUUGUAUAGUCAACCCUGCCAGUAGCCAGAGUAUUCGAAUGGUGUCUUAUGAUUGUUGCAUUUCAGCCAAUCAGAUCGUGUGUCUCACUUUGCUGUUCAGCAGGAAUCCUGCAGUUUGGAAAAACGACAUUUCAAGGCAGAAUUGACAUUUUAAAGUCCAGUUUGUCUUUCAGUCACACUUCAGUUAUCAUUUUACUCUUUAGCUUUUUAAUUUCUUUCUUUUCUUUUAAACACCAAAUUCAAUCUGCAAAGGAAGAUAUACAGUAUAUCAAUGCCCUCUGCAGGGCAUAAAAGUGAAAUGGUUUGCCUGUCCACAUACUUUUGGACAUGUCGUGUACCUCAGAUUCAUUAACUCCAAUUUAAAUUUGAACUUUACCAAGCUUUCCUUCUAGUGAACCUGAACAAAAUAAAUAACCAAAUCACAAAAAAAACGAUAAAUAAAAACACAGAUGUUUUCAUAUAUUUGUUAUCAUAAGUCAGCGUCUUUACUCAUCUACAAUCAAUACAAACUGA